UUUGUUCCAAAUAGGUCAGAAAAAAGAAAUAAAUCACCACAUAAAUAAGAUGGCAGCAAAACAAGAAUUAAAUAUCCCUCAAUUAUUCACUGAUGUAACGAAAAACUUUCGAGACGGAGAUUUUGUUCAAGCACAAAAGAUAUGCAACAAAAUAUUAAAAGCAUUUCCAAAUGAUAUUGAUGCAAUUAAAUGCAAAAUAGUUUGUCUGAUACAACAAUCUUUUUUCCAAGAAGCACAUGAUGUCAUUGUAUCUGCAGAAAAGAAACAACUUCUUUCCAUGCCUUUUGAGAAAAGUUACUGCUUGUACAGGUUAAAUAGAUUGCAAGAAGCAAAGUUAAUUCUUUCUGGUAUUGGAAAUCUUGGAUUGAAGGAAAAAGAGCUUUUAGCCCAAGUGGAAUACAGAUUGGAGUCAUAUUCAAGCUGUUUGGACCUUUACAUUAAUGUCAUCAAAAACUCUGCUGAUGAAUUUGGCAAUGAAAGAGAAGCUAACAUGGCAGCUGUUAUUGCAGCAUCAAAAAUGUGGAAAAAUGAAGAUUUGGGUCACUCACAAAUUCGACUUGAUACAUAUGAGCUCUGCUACAAUUAUGGUUGUUUACUAAUAGCACAGGGAAAUUUAAACAAAGCUGAGCAAGUAUUGAAAAAUGCUGAAGCUAUUUGUCGUAAAAGUUUAGAAGCAGAUGAGGAGAUAACUGAAGAAGAAAUUGAGGAAGAUUUAGGGGUCAUAAGAGCUCAACUUGGUUAUAUCUAUCAAUUAGAAGGAAAGACUACUGAAGCUUUAUCGGCAUAUAAUAGUGUAAUGAAAGGAAAACAAACUGAUAUGACUCUUUCUGCAGUUGUUUCAAACAAUAUUAUAUCAAUACAUAAGGAACGUGAUUUAUUUGAUUCAAAGAAGCGUCUGAAAUCAGUAUCUUGUGAUGAUCUUCAAAAUAAAUUAACAAAGUGCCAACUAAGAACACUUGAAAUUACAAAAUGUCUUUUGUAUAUGCAUACUAAUCAGAUGGAUAAAUGUCGAAAGUGCAUUGAACAACUUAAAACCACUUUAGCCUUACCCGGUUACGAGGAUAAAACAGUACUUUUGGAAGCUGCUAUUUUUCUUAAAGACAAAAAUCUUGAACAAGCGCAUGAACAUUUAAAAUCAGCAUUAUUCUCUGGUUUAAAAUCAAAUGACAUCAUUCUCACACUUGCUCAACUCUAUCUUUCAAAAGGGAAAACUGAAGAAGCUCUUAAUGUUUUGCAAGAAUUAAAAGAAAUUAAGUUUUCUCCAGCUGUUGUUUCGCUGUGUGUUGGUUUAUAUUGUUCCAUUGGUAAUCGGAAAAAAGCAAUUGAAUAUCUCGAUGAAGCUGUCAAAUUUGGAAAACAAAAUCAAAACAUAUUGAAGAAAGUGCAUCUUUUAGCUUUUAUGAGAGAAAAUUCAAAUCUGAAACUUGCUGAUGGGGAUAUAAAAUCUGCUGUUGAAAUUCUUGAAGACCUCCGAAAAGAAGAUCCUGGAGAGGUCUCCACUCUUGCUAAAAUUGUAGCAGCUUAUUCCAAGAUUGAUUUAAAAAGAGCAAAACAAUAUAGUGUUGACUUACCCGAUUUACCACAGAGAAAGGAUAUAUCUGUUGACACAUUAGAAAUGACUGAUCAGAUUGGUAGUUUCCGCUUUUCAAAGAAAACUGUUAAACCAACAUUAGAAGAAGGCGAAGUCAAAGAUGAAGUUUCAAUUAAAAGGAAGAGAAGAAAGAGGAAGAAGGGUAAACUUCCAAAAAAUUAUGAUCCUGAAAUUGACCCAGAUCCUGAACGCUGGCUUCCAAAAUGGGAACGUUCAACUUUUAAACAUAAAAAAGCCAAAAAAGGAGCAAACACUGUUGGCAAAGGUACUCAAGGCAGUGUGGCGCCAGAUCAACCUGUUUCUCCGAAAGCAAACCCUGUGUCUUCACCAAAAGUUUCAUCGCCAAAACCAGGUUCAAGUUCCUCUGUUGUUCCACCUCGUCAACAAAAGCCGAGUGCGAAAUCAGGAAAAGGAAAAAAGAAAAAAGGGAAAGGAUGGUAACGUUAUUCCAAAUUAUCGAAAUUUUUAUUAGUAAUCAAAAAGUUGUACUUUUUAGAUAAAUUAUGUAUAAAUGUUUAAAUCCAUGCAAAGUUAAUGAAAAUCAUAAAUA